UUCUGUGUGGGAAAUUGUAGCACUAAACUUGUAUUUCUGCAGUAGUUGUUACUGUGGUUUACAGACAGCUACUGCCUGACUUCCUGAAUAGUGUCAUCUGUGGUGCUGGAGAUUGAAAGCAGGAAUCAUGAAGUUAGAGCUACCGGAAAGCUUUGAGGAUGUUGCUGUUGAGUUUUCAGUCGAGGAGUGGACGACACUGAGUGAACAGGAGAAAGCAUUGUACAAGGAGGUGAUGGUGCAGAACUACGAGAACAUGGUUUCAGUAGGUUAUAACAUUCCACUGAAUCAACUACGUGUGUUUCUUGCAAGGUUUGAGUCAAGUCCAUCUGGUGAUACAGAAGGAGGUGAAACUUUACAGGAGAAGGACCUUCCCGAUGGCAUGAAUGAUGUUAACAGGAAUGCAGAUUUGAGUGAAAAUCUGAGUCAGCAAUUAAUACAUGGAAACAAUCUUCAUUCAGAAAGUGACAAGGCUUUGGAAAAUGAUGUGUUGCUCUUAAGAUAUGAUGGUGUGCAGAAUGACAGCAGGCACCAUAAUCCUGUGGAAUGCGACAAGAAGCUCAAUAUGAAAACUGAAAUAGAAAAGCAUCUGGAAAGUCAAGGAGGGGAAAGGUCAUGUAAAAAUGUUCACUGCAAUGAAAAAUUCAUAGUUCAUAGAAACAGUUUAAAUGAUCGUCUAAAUCAUAGAGUGAAAAGACAAAAUAAUACUAUGGCAAAACAUACAGAACCAUUCAUCAAAGAAGGUACCAUGUGUGACAAGGGAUCUACAAAUGAAAUCGGCUUAUACCAUAUUCAUACUAGACAAAAAUCUGGUAAGUGUUCCACGUGCGACAAGGGAGUUGUGGAUGAAAGAAGUGUGGCAAUGCAUCAUCAUGACCCUAGCGAACAGAAGCCCUAUAACUGUACCACACGUGGCAGAAAUUUUAAACAGAAGUACAGCUUGCAAAACCAUCAUCCAAUUCAAAGUGGACAGAAUACAUAUAAAUGUGCAAUACGUAAUAAGGGUUUCACCUAUAAAACAAGUUUACUAAUGCAUCAGAAUAAACUCUCAGUUCAGAAACCCUUUAACUGUACUAGAUGUCAUACGAGGUUUGCACGGAAGAUUAGCUUAAAAAGACAUCACUGUGCCCAUUCAAGUCAGAAACCCUACAAGUGCAGUGUUUUGGUAGGUCAUCAGUUAAUCCAAACCAGGCAAUGCUCAUAUAAAUGUACUAUAUGUGACAAGAGUUUUAGAUAUAAGAGCCAACUGGUAGUUCAUCAGAAUGUCCACACCAAUCUGAAGCCAUAUAAAUGUAUUACAUGUGAUGAGCAUUUUAAGCAUAAAAGUAGUUUGGCACGUCAUCAGCGUGUUCACAGCAAUGAGCAACCGUAUAAAUGUACCAUGUGUGACAAGCGUUUUAGAUUUAAGAGUAUCCUGGUUGAACAUCAGAGUGUCCACACCAGUCUGAAGCCAUACAGAUGUAUUACAUGUGAUGAGGGUUUUAAGAGGAAAAGUAGUUUGAUACGUCAUCAGCGUAUUCACAGCAAUCAGCAACCAUAUAAAUGUACCUUGUGUGACAAGAGUUUUAAAUACAAGUGUGUCCUGGUAGUACAUCAGAGUGUCCACACCAGUCUGAAGCCCUACAAAUGUAUUACUUGUGAUGAGGGUUUUAAGCAGAAAAGUAGUUUGGUACGGCAUCAGCUUGUUCACAGCGAUCAGCAACCAUAUAAAUGUACCAUGCAUGACGAGGGUUUUAGAGAUGAGAGCCAUUUAGCAUUGCAUCAGACUGGACAGAAUCCUUACAAGUGUAGCGUGUGUGGCAAGGGUUUUAUACGCAAAAGUUGUUUGCUACGUCAUCAAAGUAUCCAUAGUAAUCAGCAACCAUACAAGUGUACAAUCUGUGACAGGGGAUUUUUGUAUAAGAGUAGAUUGGCAUUACAUGAACUUUUCCACAAUAGACAUGAGAUUUUCCACAAUAAACAGAAGCCCUACAGAUGUCCUACAUGUGACAAGGGUUUUAUAAACGAGAGUAGAUUGGCAGUCCAUGAAAGUAUCCACACAGGACAGAAACCAUACAAGUGCACUGUAUGUGACAGGGUAUUUUUGUAUAAGAGUAGCUUGGUAUUACAUGAGAUUAUCCACACUAGAAAGAGACUCUACAGCUGUCCUAAAUGUGAAAAGAGUUUUGUAGAUGAGAAAAGUUUAGAAGAGCAUCAAAAUGUCCACACUGGGCACAAGCCCUACAUUUGUACUCUGUGUGACAAGAGCUUUACACAGAAAAAAUAUCUGGCAGCCCAUGGGAUUACCCAUACUGGCCAGAAGCCCAAUAAAUCUACUACGUGUGACAAGAGUUUUAUCAAUAAACAAAAUCUAGUAGUGCAUGAGCUUAUCCACACCAGCCAGAAACCCUACAAAUGUUCUACAUGUGAGGAGAGUUUUAGAGCGAAGAGAGAUUUAGUAGUACAUGAGAGUAUCCACAGCGGAAAGAAACUAUAUAAAUGUACUACAUGUGACAAGGGCUUUACAAGUAAGAGCAAACUGGCAAGACAUCAGAAUAUCCACACUAGAUAGAAACCUUACAGAUGCCCUACAUGUGACAAGUGUUUUGUUGAUGAGAAGAGUUUAGUAGAGCAUGAGGACAUCCACACUGGGCAAACACCCUACAAGUGUAUUACAGGUGAUAAGGGUUUUACUCAGAAAAGUAGUUUGGGUCUUCAUCAGUGUAUUCACAGCAAUCAGCAACAAUAUAAAUAUACCAUCUUUGACAAGAAUUUUAUAGAUGAGAACCAUUUAGCAUUACAUCAGACUGUACACACUGCCCUGAAACUUUACAAGUGUACUUUGUGUGGCAAGGAUUUUAUAUGUAAAAGUUGUUUAGUACGCAGGCAGAAAAAAAUGCCAUUGUAGAAUCCUCAAGACCUGGAAACAUUUCUACAAUUGGGUUAGGCCAGACUCGAGGAGUCUGGGCCCUCUGUUAUAGAAAGGAGGAGUAGUCCACAAAAACAGGCCAAAAAAAGAGCCACAAAUAAUGAUUGAGUGGACUACUGCGAAUAAGGAAGAGAUUAUGUCUUGUUACUGUUGUACAUGAAGCCCUGAAUUUUCAUAGAGAAGAUAUUUAAAAAGAUUGAGAGAAAUUAGAGGAAAGAAGAAU